AUCCAUCACUAAGUCUCCAGAUGGAAAAAGGUUAGAAGGCUUGUCAAAGCAGCUAGACUGGGAUGUUCGAAAGAUCCAGCGCUGGUUUCGUCAUCGGAGGAACCAGGACAAACCCACCACCCUCACUAAAUUUUGUGAGAGCAUGUAUGUUUGUGCAGAGGCCAAGAUGUGGCUUCACCCUAAAGCUCAAGCUGUAUGUUCUCUUUUCUGACUGAAACUGUGGUCAGCUGCUAAUUUAAACUAGCGUCUUUGGGUUGGCUGGUAGAAGACAAAUCCUUAUAUAAGCAAAUGAAAGAAGAGGGCUUUUUAGAAUUGAGCAUUCUAAAAUAUUUCGUAUAUGUGCAUGAGAGACCAGAACACAUGUACAGGAGUUAUUCCGGUCAACGAUUAGCAGCUUUAGAUAGUGGACCAGGUCUGUAAUCCAAACGUAGCACUUCAGUGCGUGUGUGUGCAUGUAUGCAUGUGCACAACUUGAGUAAUUGUACUGAAGACAAGUCUGCUGUCUGCACAGUUGUUUCGUGGACCAGCGUUUGUUCCCAGAGUGACCUUAUGGCUUACACAAUGAUGUAUAUACUUUUAUACAGAUGCUUCUUGGAUUCCUGUUCUUUUCAUUUCAGUUCAUUCUUUUGUUCUUUGUUUCUUUCUGAAUGCUUGUAGUAACCUCUGUUAGUGUAGUAGCAUCUGAAUAUUUUUUUCCUGACUUGUUAUUUCUUCUGUGCUGGUUUCUUUCCUUUCCAGUAACUUUCUUCAUAUUAAUUCUUCCCCCAGUAUGGUUUUGUCUACUUAAAGCCACAAGGUGGAGAUUUACAUUUUAUUUAAGUAUAUUUUUUUAUGGAAUCAGGUUUCUCUGGACGGCACCCUGGUUUUGGGACACACGACAGUGCUGGUACAACUACCCUUUUCAGCCUCUAACAUCCAGGCUUUAUUAUUACUAUAUCUUGGAGUUGGCCUUCUAUUGGUCUCUCAUGUUUUCUCAGUUUACAGACAUUAAACGGAAGGAUUUCCUGAUCAUGUUCGUCCAUCAUUUGGCUACAAUUGGACUCAUUACAUUCUCUUAUAUGAAUAAUAUGGUGCGGGUUGGAACUCUGGUGCUGUGCCUCCAUGAUGCAUCAGAUUUCCUUUUAGAGGCUGCAAAGCUAGCCAAUUAUGCCAAGUACCAACGUCUGUGCGAUGCUUUCUUCAUGCUCUUUGGUGUCGUAUUCAUUGUUACACGGUUGGGCAUUUAUCCUUUCUGGAUUUUGAAUACAACCUUAUUUGAAAGCUGGGAGUUGAUUGGUCCUUAUCCUUCAUGGUGGCUAUUCAAUGGGCUUUUGAUAACCUUGCAGUUCUUGCAUAUCAUCUGGUCUUAUCUCAUCAUUCGCACUGCCUACAAGGCCCUCGUGCGGGGCAAGGUAUCAAAGGAUGACCGCAGUGAUGUAGAGAGCAGCUCUGAAGAGGAGGAUGUGACUUCCAACAGCACAAAAGGAGUUUUCAGCACUUCAAGUAACGGCUCGAACCGCGUUAAUGGCCAUGUGGCUAGUGGCCAGUGGACAGAAGAGGAGUAAGGCUGUGGGUUGGCCUUGAGCAAACACGAACUUGUCUUUAAAUACCUAGAUGUGUUGAGCUCCACAUUCCCAAGUGAUCUUUAAUCAAGAAUACCCCUUCCCCAGAAACCUCCAGCAAAUCUGAAAUGGGCACAAUCCACCAGUCAGAGGCUUUGCACAACAGAAGGGAUAAAGCCAAUGACUGGGGCAAAAACAAAGCUGCAGAUUUCACUUUAAGCCAUUUUGUACUUAAAUCUUAGUCCCAUCGAUAUUUGCAGAGGUAUCUGUUUGUGACAAACUGGUUUUUACUAGGAUCAACUGAAGGCAGAACAAGUUUGGACUAGGCUGGCUGCCAACCGCAGGAGGGUUACGGUGCCGUUUUGGUGACGGUUUGCUCCAGCGCAGGUUCAGCAUCUCUCCUCGAUGCACUCCAGCAGCCACCUAAGAGCAUGGAGAACGCAGGGUCCUGGGGUUCCACGUCCAAGCUACCCUGGCUGUAGCAGAGACUCUUCUUCUCGGUCCUGCUGUGAGCGCUCUGGACUACAGCCAAGCUUUGAAUUGGACUGCGCUACAACAGCAACGGCGUUCUAACUUGCCAUGGGGGUGCUGUGUGCUGAGGGGGUUAGAGCUUGUAUCUCUGCUGUCACGAGGGACCAGGCCAGCGUUUGCUGCCUAUUUUGGUGCUGCAAAAGCCCCUCUGAAGUCUUGACUACAGCCUUCUGAGAUGGGGGAGGGGGGUUGGUUAUUGCCCCUAAGACAACUGUCACAAUACAUGCCUUUUAAUUAUUAUUUUUUUUUCUGUUGCAAGUUGUGGGUUUGAAGACUUUUCUAGACCUACUGGAUGCAGUUGGCUAAGCCAGGACUUGAGGGCAGUCCAGUGCUGCUGGGCUGUGUUUAACUUUCCACAAAAUGAGAUGUUUCAGUCCUGCUUGUCUCUACUCUGAGACAGAAGUGAAUGUUGCUGCUCUGAUUUUGCAACUGCGUGGAGGAAUCACUGGGCUGGAAGAGCGGCCACGCCAUAGGCUUUGCUUCUGGUUUUGUUUUUGUUUGUUUGGGGUUGUUUUGUUUUGUUUUUUUACUCAAUGGUACUUGGGGGCAAUGGAAGACCUGUGUGUCAAUCAUGAGCAGAAUUGAGUUGUUACCAUUUUAUACCAUUGUUUACUCUUAUCUCCGAUUAAAAAAAAUGCUUCAGAAA